AUGCGCACCUUCAGAAAAAAACAACAAUCUCCCCCCGGCCAAGACUCUCUGAUCGACGGGCACAGGCAUCUCUCACUCCUGUGGACCAGUCCCUCGCUGCGCCGCGAAUUCGGGCGCCACUACGUCAUGAAGUUCGCGAAGCAGCUCGAGCAGGACCUCGUACCAGAAUGGCGCAUCAAGUACCUGAACUACAAGGCUGGCAAAAAAUACGUCAAGGCCGUUUCUCGCGCCAUCAACCGCGCCAACGGCAGCCCCCAGGGAAACGGUAGCAAGACCGACAACCGCAUAGCGUCCAACUUCUUCCAUGUGUCGCCGUUCAAGCAUGGCAGCACGAAGGCUACGAACCCCGACGAGAGGACCUCGCUGCGAGAGGGUUCUGCCCCGGUGGGCUCGGCGCGUCAAAAGCCCGCGACGCCUGCACGAGCGAUCCCCUCGUCCGCACACGACGGAGAUCGGAACCUGACGAACGGGCCGAACGAUAUGCAAUAUGGCAGCUUUGUACAUACCCCGCCUCAACACGAGGGCACACCACUGGAUCGCAAACCUACGUUCGAGCUGCCCGGCCCGGCUAUGAAGGUGCCCUCGGCUGCGAGCGAGGCCACUCCACAGGUUGCCCAAGCCCACGGAAGCAUGACGGCAAGACAAGCGCUGCAACGAAGUGCGUCCAUGAUUGCGGACCCUCGAAAUGCCGAUCCUCCUUCGCCAGAGCACACGCGGACUCCUUCCACGUUGAGGCUGCCUCACCCCGCUACCGUCGGGCCUGGAUACGGUGCCUCGCCGAGAGGUGGACUGCGGAGACUGUUUUCAAAUGCGUCACCCCUUAACAGGGCGGGGACCAAUCCUGAAUACGGCCUCCAAGGACUGGCAUUGGAUGUCGUGAGACAGAAAGAGAAGGAAUUCUUCGAGUUUUUGGACUCGGAGCUGGACAAGGUGGAAGCAUUCUACAAGAUGAAGGAAGACCAGGCGGGCGAGCGAUUGACGGUUCUCAAGGAGCAGCUUCACGAGAUGAGGAAUCGUCGCACGCAGGAACUGCACGCCCAGAAGCGCCAGGCCGAAAUCGAGUACAUGAGCGGGACGAACGGAGACAGCGACGACGCGAAGAGGGGACCCCUUGGUUGGAUGGAUCCCGUUAGGUCUAAGAUCUUCAAGCCUGGGCCCAACUCACGAGCACUGCAGAAGAUGGCAAGAACACCGGUCAUGGCGCCGAGGGAAGGACACGAUGCAGGAAGGGACUACAUCCGUCGACCUCCAGAGCACGAAGUUCCCUACAGGUCCGCCAAGCGCAAGUUGAAGCUUGCCUUGCAGGAGUUCUACCGCGGCCUCGAGCUGCUCAAGUCAUACGCCCUCCUCAAUCGGACUGCUUUCCGUAAGCUCAACAAAAAGUACGACAAGGCUGUCAAUGCCCGCCCUCAGUAUCGGUACAUGAACGAGAAGGUCAACAAGUCGUGGUUCGUCAACAGCGAUGCUUUGGAUGGACAUAUCAAGGCUGUGGAAGACCUCUACGCUCGCUACUUCGAGCGCGGAAAUCACAAACUCGCUGCUGGCAAGCUCCGGAGCAUGGCUCGCAAGCCCCGCGACGAGUCUGGAAGUGCCUUCCGUUGCGGAAUCCUUCUUGGAACUGGCGCGGUUUUCGCGAUUCAGGGGGCUGUAUUCGGCGUCAAUCUCCUAUGGGAUGAUGAUGAUAAGGUACGGCAGCAGACAAGCUAUCUCCUGCAGCUUUAUGGGGGGUACUUCCUCAUGCUGCUACUGUUCUGCAUGUUCUGUAUCAACUGUGCCAUCUGGACCAGGAACAAGAUCAACUAUCCCUUCAUUUUCGAGUUUGACACACGGAAUAACCUCGACUGGCGGCAGCUAGCCGAGUUCCCGAGUCUGUUCACAUUCAUAUUUGGUCUCUUCAUCUGGCUCAACUUCAGCGAGUACGGAACCGAAGAGAUGUAUGAGUACUACCCGGUAGCUCUCAUCUUUGUCUCGGUCCUCAUCAUCUUCUUUCCUGCCCCCCUGCUCAAACAUAGAAGCAGGAAAUGGUUUGCAUACGCUCAUUGGCGUCUCUUGCUCGCCGGCCUUUACCCAGUCGAAUUUCGAGAUUUCUUCCUCGGUGAUAUCUACUGCUCUUUGACAUAUGCCAUGUGUAAUGUCGAGUUGUUCUUCUGCAUCUACGCCAACGCCUGGGAGAAUCCCGUCCAGUGCAACUCGAACCACUCGCGACUCCUCGGCUUCCUCGGCGCUCUGCCUCCCAUCUGGCGUUUCCUUCAGUGCCUCCGUCGAUACAGAGAUACCCGCAACAUCUUCCCCCACCUCGUCAACGGUGGGAAAUACACAAUGUCCAUCCUUGCCGCCAUGGCUCUUUCGCUGUACCGCAUCAACAACACUAGAGGGAACCUGGCAAUGUUCAUCGCCUUCUCGACCAUCAACGCCGUCUACACGUCGCUAUGGGACCUCUUCAUGGAUUUUUCCCUAAUGCAAGCCCAGUACAACUUCCUCCGCGAGAUCAGAGCCCUCAAGAAACGCUGGCCCUACUACCUCAUUAUGGUCCUCGACCCGAUACUCCGCUUCGCAUGGAUCUUCUACGCCAUCUUCACCCACGACACCCAGCACUCCACCAUCGUCUCCUUCAUGGUCGCCCUCGCCGAGGUCUCCCGCCGCGGCAUGUGGACCCUCUUCCGCGUCGAGAACGAACACUGCGCCAACGUCAAGAUCUACAAGGCCUCCCGCGACGUGCCCCUCCCUUACCCCACCUCGCCCCCCUUCUCGCGCUCCCCCACCGUCGCCGGCGUCGCCAAGGACGACGACGAGGUCGCGGAGACGACUGCCCCCGUGCGGGAGACCGCCACCGCCGCCGCUGCGUCGGGCACGUCGCAGCGCUUGGAGGAGGGCACGGUGCGCCAGCGGAAACCGUCGACGAUUCUCAACCGCAGCUUCUCCAAGAUCCUGGCCGAGGCGCACAGGCAGGAUUUCGAGAAGAGGAGGAAGCCGAUCGAGGCGGACGAGCCGCAGCUGGAGGAGGCCGGGGGUAUGGCUAGCGACGACGACGACGGGUCGGAUGACGAUGAUGACGAUGAAGGGGAUAUCGGGUCGCCCGGGUCUUGUGCGGACUCGAUGGAGAUACAGGAGGCCGCGGACCUUGCGGAUGAUGGUCGCGAGGGCACGAGGUCUGGUCCGUGA